CUGUCUCUUGUCUCCCGUGUAGUGUGUCUUGUUGCUACAAAGAUGUUUACAAGCAGCGAAGUUAUUUAGUUAUUUAUUUAGUGCUGCCAAGGCGGACAGCUGUAUUUAUUUAAUAGUAGGAAACCCUGGGGAAAUCCAUCCCCUCGUCAUGAAAGCCGGUUGCUGCCAGGUUCAGGUCCAAGUUCAUCCCCAAUGAUUCAGGCAAAGAUGAUUGUUGUUAAAUAAAAGGGAGCUCUGAGCAAGACAACUCUUUAUUCUAACCGCUCUUUAUUUAUUCUUCAUGGCAAUCCAUCGUCUCUUCUCUUCGUGGAUCGCCUCUUCGGACCGGGCCAAUUCGGGCUGCCACUGCUGGCAUUAAAUAUUCCGUCUCGCCUCUCCCUAUUAUUCUUAAUUUUAUUCCUAUCCUCGUCGUGUGGAUAUAUUGACACACAUCCUCUAUUCACACAUAUACGAGCUAUAUAUACAUACCUGGCCUCUUCUUCUCAAUUCUCCGUGGCUAUUAUCUCACAGAGGCCAGAGCCCCGCGCCUAUAUACAAGGAUAGGAUGGCGAGGGUUGCCCAAAUAGCUGUUUCCCCGAGUCACAACAUCCAGCCGCUAGAUCGCCACGAGGGGGUGGGAAAGAAUGGGACAACUGUAGCUCCUCAGCUUGCGGAUGCAAAGGACAAACAACCCGACAGCGGACCACAGCAUGCCCAUCCCAAUCCACGCGCAACCAAGGGCAAAUAUCGCCAUUUCGCCGCAUACCACUCCCACCCCCGCGUUUCCUGUCUGAGUCGUGAUUCGGAGACUACCCCAAGCUUCCUUGGGUUCCGGAACCUGAUGGUUCUUGUGUUGAUUGUUAUGAAUCUACGUUUAAUUGUCGAGAAUUUUAUGAAGUAUGGUGUCCUCAUCUGUAUUCGGUGCCACGACUAUCGAAAACAGGAUGUCAUUCUCGGCGCUAUACUCUUCGCGCUCGUCCCCUGCCAUCUCUUCGUGGCAUAUGUAAUUGAGUGCGCCGCGGCGCAUGAGGUCAAGGGAGCCAUUGGUCGCAUAAAACGAAAGGAAUCGGAGGAAGAAAAUACUCAGGAACAGCUGGCGUUCCGAUCAGCAUGGAUAUAUAUCGCUUUUGCACAUAUUUUGAACGCCUGUCUAUGUCUCCUCUUCACCAGUUACGCAGUUUACUACUAUGUCAACCACCCUGGCAUCGGAACACUCUGCGAGGUCCACGUCAUCGUCGUUUGGCUGAAGAUAUGCUCCUAUGCCUUCACCAACCGAGACCUCCGCCACGAAGCUCUACACUCAUCUUCCACCUCCCCGCUCCCAGAAAUCUACCAGUCUCUCCCUUACCCACGAAACAUCACCGUUAAAAACCUAACCUAUUUCUGGCUCGCCCCAACCCUGGUAUACCAGCCCGUAUACCCCCGCACAGAACGCAUUAGAUGGUCCUUCGUCGCCAAACGCGUCAUGGAGAUGAUCGGGCUCUCCGUCUUCAUCUGGCUCACCUCCGCCCAAUACGCAACCCCCGUCCUCCGCAACUCGCUAGAAAAGAUCGCAACCCUCGAUCUAACCUCCAUCAUCGAGCGCGUCAUGAAACUCUCCACAAUAUCCCUCAUAAUCUGGCUCGCGGGCUUCUUCGCCCUGUUCCAAUCCUCCCUCAACGCCCUCGCAGAGGUCAUGCGUUUUGGCGACCGCGAGUUCUACACCGAAUGGUGGAACAGCCCCAGUGUGGGCACCUACUGGCGUACGUGGAAUAAGCCCGUGUACCAUUUUAUGCGGCGGCAUAUCUUCUCGCCGCUCGUGGGAAGGGGGUGGAGCCCCUUUGCCGCCAGCGUUGUGGUUUUCACCUUCAGCGGAAUACUGCAUGAAUUGCUUGUGGGGAUUCCCACACAUAACGUGAUAGGUGUCGCCUUCGCCGGCAUGGUCCUCCAACUCCCACUAAUCGCAGCAACGCUACCGCUCGAGAAGAUGAACGGUCCUACGGGAAAAAUCAUUGGUAACUGUGUGUUUUGGGUUAGUUUCUGUCUUGUGGGUCAACCGCUGGGGGCAUUGUUGUAUUUCUUCGCAUGGCAGGCUAAAUAUGGCAGCGUGAGCAAGCCAGGUGUAUAAGAAAAUCUCUCUUUUUGGUUUUUCUUUUCUACUUUUUUGGUUUACUGGUUUCCUUCCUUCCUUCCUUCCUUUCUUUCUUUGGCCUCCUUUUUUGGUGGGGCCGUUUUCACCUCCUUUUUCUGUCUGUGGGCUUUGCGUCUUUCUCUUUCUCCUACGCCUGCCAUUGGGAUACAACUGUUACAUGUAUGUCCGUCCCUCUUGGUUUAUUAAAGUCUGUUGAGUUUUGGCCUUGCUCUCUUAAUUGCAUUGCGCUGCAUUGUGUUGCGUGUAAGGAGGAAAAAUUUUGUAUAAACCUGUGAAUUACUCGCGUGUACGUCCAUGAAAUAGAUGUUGUCAGGUUUCCAAUCGGCGUAGUCAUGGUGUCACUUCAUGAAAUCCUUGAAAAGCAGGCUUGGUCUGGCUUAGUAAAAUUCCACCAUAUAACUUCCCGUGUAGCUAGCAUACGUCUUAAUCAAGCAAGCUUUACACCUUAGCAACAUAUAUAUAAGAUAACCUUGAGCCGAGAUCUGGACUAAGUUUUUGUCAAUUACGCCUCCGCCUCCUGAAUUCCUAGACUCUUUCUUCUCUAUUCAUGUGAGUGCUAGUUUUGGUCGUGCCUGCGGGCCAGAUUUAUCUCGCAGAAUGACAACCCUUUACAGAAGGAUUAGUGGGUGAGGGGGGAGGCGCGAGAUUGUUGAGUUUUCUAAGGAUUGAGACGCCUUCGUUCUGUGGCUUGUUGAAGUUCGCAACAUCGCACGUGCUGAAGAGGAGGAAUUUGUAUAUGUUUGUACGAACAAAUGCAAUUGCAAUUUCAUAGCCAGCAGUAAUAUGAUUCUGAACAGCUGCAACAGUGACAAAUGACUCCGAGAAUAUUUUGAACUGAAAGAGUGAUGAGCUGCUACAGAUGAAUAGAAUAAUGUAUAAAGCUGAAUGACUUAAUUGGAGUCAAUUGACUUCUAGUAAAUCUAAC